UGAAGCUAAGGCAGCCAUAACUGAUAAUGGCAACGGGAGUCUUCCGGCCUCCCGUCUCCUGUGUGACGUAGUUUUCCCUUCGCCCAAUCUCACCGUUGCCCUGGGCAACAGCUGAGCCGUCUGAGAAGAGAUGCAUCUUUCCUUCUGUAGGCUUGAAUCAAGAACUGUCAGUCAUCUUGGUCUUACUGGGUUGGAUGCCUAAAGCUGCAGGAAAAAGACCAGGUGAACUUCCAGGAAAAAACUGUAUCCAACAAUUCAGAUAUGGCGGAAAUGAAGUCAAUGUUCCGGGAAGUUCUCCCAAAACAAGGGCAGUUGUCUGUGGAAGAUAUAACCACUAUGGUGCUGUGUAAACCCAAACUUUUACCCUUAAAAUCUCUGACUCUGGAAAAACUGGAGAAAAUGCAGCAAGCAGCACAGGAUACGAUUCGCCAACAAGAAAUGGCAGAAAAGGAACAACGGCAAAUAACUCACUGAAUGAUAACUUCACUUCUACAGAACACCCUACCUUACUUACUGUUAACAAUAGAUAGAAAAUAAUCUGCAUCUGUAUGCUAAAAUAUGGGUUAAUAAAACUGAUAGUAUUCAUAUAAAUGAAGAAAAUACCCAAGACUAAUGAAACUUGUAUUAUGAAUUUAACCACUCUGGUUCGUAUUGAAUAUAAGCUAUUAAAAAACUUGAAACCCAAAUUUUAUGGGUGUUUUUUUUCUUACCCAAGUUUUUAGAAUUGCAAAUUAAAUUAUUUUUAACCAUUCCUACUACCAUCAGUUUUAUGGUUAACAUUCUUAGGCACAAGUGACUAAAUGCAACUUUUAUAUUCAGAGAAUCUUUACAUGUUUAUUAAAAACUAAAUUUGAAGAUACAUUCUAAUCUUGCAUAAAAUGUUAAUGCUGGGCUUUUACAUUACCUAACUUGAGAACUUGUUUUUACAAAUUGUGUGUCAUGUCAUGUUUAAGGCUAUCUUGCCUGACCACCUGAUCCUACCUGUAAUGACAAAACCGUAUUUCUUAAACAAAUUUGAUUAAGAAACCCUCACCUGUCCAGUCCCCUGAGCUUUUAAUUUUACUGAUUUUAAGGACUUAAGAAUUACCUGGCUACUUUGUCAUCUAGGUAUCAAAACACAAAACUCUAAAAAUGGAAAGUAAUAUGGACUAGAUGGAGCCCAUGAGGUAAAUAUGAACGUUAAAUUUGGAGGUUUAGUUCUACAAGACUGCACCUAAACCUGUGAUAGGUAUAUUCCUAAGAAUACCUUUGUAAAUUCUGAAUAUAAUUCUUGGUUGGGUUUGCUGUAGUCAACAACAGACAAUUUAAGUUAGCAUAGACCUUGAGGCCUUGCUGAGUAAUUAGGCUCUGCAAAAGAGGUUAGAAAUGUGAUGAUUCUUUAGAUAACUUAUUUAUUGGUAGCUACUAUUUUCUGACAGUGGGUAAAUGUAAAACUUUGAGUCUUUGAAGAAUAAUUUUUUAGAACACAAACAUUAAGUAAAACUUAAGAAUGAUGAAAGUAUAUAUAUUUUAGAAAUUUCAUUAAGCACUAGAUAAGAUCAAAAAACAAGGAAGUAAGCAUGCAUUUCCCAAGUAUAAUAUUAAAAGAUUUACUAUUGUACUUUGAUUUAAAAGUUUCCAAGGAACAAGUUUAAA